AUGGGGUUAGUGGAAACAUUUCAAAGAAAAGCCGCCAAAUUAGGUCUUUUCCCAAAACUUAUACGACUUUUGCCCAUAUUCUCACUAAUUACUACCAUUAUUAGUAUAAUUUUACUUUUAAUAUUACCACUUGAUGGACAAUACAGGAGAACAUAUAUCUCUGAAAAUGCCUUAAUGCCAUCACAGGCCUACAGCUAUUUUAGAGAAUCCGAAUGGAAUAUUUUAAGAGGUUAUAGGACACAAUUACAAUCAUUUAGUAAUAAUAGUAACUUUGAAGACAUUUCCAAUCAAUUUGCACAGAAAAUAACUACAUCUGAAGAAAGAUUUAGGACUAUUGAAUCCUGGUUGAAUGAAUUCGGUGUCAAAACGUCUAUAUAUCGUAAUAAUGCUACUGGUGAUACAUUAUAUGGUAUAUUACAUGCCCCAAGGGGUGAUGGCACGGAAGCAAUGGCUCUUUGUGUACCCUGGAAAAAUAGCAAUGGUAAUCUAAAUAUUGGUGGUACUGCUUUGGGUAUUGCUUUAACUAGAUACUUUUCAAGAUGGCCAAUUUGGUCCAAGAAUAUAGUCAUUGUUUUCAGUGAGAACCCUAAACAAGCAUUAAGAGCAUGGGUGGAAGCUUACCACACUUCUUUAGAUUUAACUGGAGGUUCUAUCGAAGCUGCUAUUGUUUUAGAUUAUCCUAGUGUCAAUGAUUUUUUUGAUUAUACCGAGAUACAUUAUAACGGAUUAAAUGGUGAACUACCAAAUUUAGAUUUAGUUAAUAUUGCAGUUUCUAUUACUCAACAUGAAGGUAUGAAAGUAUCGUUACACAAUUUACUAAAGGAUGAAGUAGAUGAAAAUAAUUAUUGGUCAAGACUGAAAUUGAUUCUCUUAGGUAUCAAAGAUUCAACUCUAGCUGGGGUUAGAAAGGUCCAUGGAAAUGAAGCAUUUAGUGGUUGGAGAAUUCAAUCCAUUACUUUGAAAGCAUGUGGCGACAGUGGUAAUAUUGAUAUAACUACCUUUGGACGUAUUACAGAAGCAAUGUUUAGAUCAGUUAAUAAUUUAUUAGAAAAAUUUCAUCAAUCAUUCUUUUUUUAUAUAUUAUUAACUCCUAAAAACUUUGUUUCUAUUAGCAGUUACUUACCAAGCGCUGUAUUAUUAUCAAUUGCGUAUGCUUUAGCUUCAAUAAAUUCGAUAUUAAAUACAAAUAUAUCCUUUAAUAGUUACCCAUCAUGCUCUAUCAUUGCAGGAAUUGUUUGGCUAAUCUGUAUAAUAGGAACUUUCAUAAUUGGCCAUGUGAUGCUUUAUGCCACAAGUACUUUCAGUUUUGUCCUAUUAUUAAUUGGCAAUAUAACAAUAGUCAUGUCCCCUCUAGUGUUUUCAAAAUUCACUUAUAUUAAAGAACCAAUAAUACAAAGAACAAAAGCCCUUGGAUUCCUAUUCUUUAGUUUAAGUCUUACAUCAUUAUUGAUGUUAAACUUUUCGUUUUCUUUUGUUCUAGGUCUUCUAGCUUUCCCAAUGACAUUAGUACAGAUUGUUAGUAUUCAUGAUAAGACUAGUAUGUCUAAAAUACAAAUCAAAAAUAUGCUAUUCCUUUUAGUAUCGAAUCCAUUUAUAUCUAUAUUAAUUUUUACUACUAUAUUCGAAAGUGAAAAUUUCAAAGGUUUAGAAGUGUUUCCAGCAUUAAUAUCAGCAUGGAAGGACCUGAAUUGUUGGUCUUGGUUUGUACUUUGUGUAUCCUGGUGGCCCACUUGGUUAUUGACAGUUUUCUCCACAAUGACUACUAUACCAAUACCAAUUGUUACAAAUGAUUCUGAAGAUAUAGAAAUUAAGAAAGAUAAAUGA